AUGGCUCUAAUACCAAUGUUGAAUCUUAAGCAGCGGAACGGCGUCUGUGAAGUAGGUCCACCACCAACAGCGUGUCAAAUGCAAGACCUGAACCCUCCGAUCCUUCGUAGGUUGGACCGUAUCUUCCUCUCGCCUGAGUUGUUCUUUGUUUUUCCUUCAUCCUCCUUGGUUUUUGGUUUGAGGCACUUGUCUGAUCAUGCUAUGCUGCUCCUUUCCCUUCUUCGGGGUAGGGCUGGUAUCGGGCACACCAGGUUUCGUUUUGAGAUUUGGUGGCUCUGUGAUGAAUCAUUUGUAGGUACCGUCCCUAAUUGGUGGACUCGUGCAGCCAAUGGUAGGUGGGCUACUUUCAGGCUCUUGCGGAAGUUGCACUCCAUCAGAAGGGAGACACUCGUCUGGAAGCUCAUUUUCUGGAGCAGCAAAUUUUUGAAAGUGACCGAUUGGGAUGAGGAGAUCAUGUCCCUUCAGGCCUCUGAUAAUAUUUCUGCGGAUCAGUCUUCCCAUCUCCUUUGUCUGCAGUGUCUUGCCCAGGAAUGGCGGAUUAUGGAGUCUAUCCAUUGGCAGCAACGCUCUAGGCUGGGUUGGCUCGCGCAUGGGGACCAAAACUCUACAUUCUUCCACUUGACCGCCUCUCAGAGGUGCCGUCAGACGUUGCUCCAGUCCAUGGGUAUCGGGGGCAGAGUUUUUCUUGGUGAUGACAUCCUCCCGGUCCUGAGCGCUCAUUUUCAGGAUUUCUACUCUAAACCCCUUCGCUUCUAUGCCAUGCUGUCGGAUUUUCACCUCUCCUCUCUCUCUGUCUCUUAUGCGAUCGCUCUUGAGUGGCCCUUCCAACACCAAGAGAUCAAGAACGCGGUCUGCGCCCUUGGCUCUGAAUUCAAUCAAGACACCUGCGUCCUGGUGCCUAAGCGCCCUAACCCUACGGACGUCACCCAGUUUCGCCCGAUCUCCAUCCUAGGCACGCCUUACAAGAUUAUUGCUAAGUUGCUCUCUUUGUGGCUUGCGCCUGUCAUGUCAUCAGUCAUUAACCCCUUUCAGGUUGCUUUCAUCAAGGGUCGGCGUCUGCGGGAGGCGGUUGUCCUAGCCAAUGAGGUUGUUCACUCCCUUUACUGUCUACGAGUACUUUCAUUCAUCCUUAAGUUGGACAUCUCUAAGGCUUUUGACUCAGUUAGUUGGGAGUUCCAGGGAAAGCUGCUUUCUCUUCCAGAUCGGAUUACUCUGGCUAAGCACUGCCUUGCGUCGGUUCCUCUCCAUGCUUUGUCUGUCUUUCAGCCUUCUGUGGCUGUUUUGCGUAGGUUUGAUAAGCUUAUUCAUAAGUUUGUUUGGGAUGGUGAUCGACCUUCAGAUCGCCUCACGCAUUGA